AUGAUAAGACUAAAUACUUUAAAAUUUUUUUCCACCUCCAGAUAUUUGUUGCAAAAGAAUGUAUCGUCUACCAAAAACGUUGAUGCAACUAAGGUGAUAUCGUCAUGCUUAGUCGGCACGAAAUUAAAUUUGGAUAUUAAGAAAGGUAAACAAGGUCCGGUAGCUCUUGAUGAUAAUGAGUAUCCGGAUUGGUUAUGGACAGUUCUUAAGGAUGAUUCCAAAAAAGCCAAACCUGAUAAGGAACCAAAAGAAUCUCCAUCUCCAGAUACUCAAUUAGGUCAACGUAGGAAACAACUACGUAAAGAGAAUAGAUCAAAAAUAAAACAGAACAACUUUAUUAGUCAACUGUAA